AUGGCGAUAUGGCCAUUUGGUCGCAAGAGCAAGCGGCACACGAUCCAAGUGACCGGUGCCGAAGCGAUUGAUCUCCAGGCGUCCUUGGCCCCAGAGCCCGCACCAACCUUGGGUCGAAGACCCUCCAAACGUCAGCAUCGCUCGUCACGAGAAGACAUCCAACGCAACUCGGCUCUGGCCUCUUCGAAGCGACCGACCCCAUCCCUCGAUCGUCCAGCGUCCCUGGCCGAUCACCCACAGCACCCGCCCUCCAGAACGGGAUCCCUCCUACGGCGCAAGCCAAGUCAACAGCAUGGCCCAAACAAACUGCGUCGCAAGCUGAGCAAGCGCAAGGCAAACGAGAUCAUGCGGGAGCGUGAGAUCCGAAUGCUAUCCUCCACCCCCAUUGAUAUUCCUCACCGUCAGGCCCCAGGCAACGGUGAUUAUGCACUGGACCACCGACGUCGUAAGGGCGAGAGGCGUGCCGACCGGUACAUGUCUGACAUCAGCCUCUCCAUACGGGACUCCGCCGCCUCCUCCGCGUCUGACAUGUCCGACCCCUACACUUACAAAGUCAACGCCUUCGCUGCUUUAACUCCCCGCCCCGUCGUCCGUUAUGUGGAAGCACCCCGACUACACACCGCGAAGAGUAACCGCCCAGCGUCGACCCGACAGGACAAGGAGCGACUUGCCGCUCUGACGCGGUCGGAGGAGGAUCUCUACUACUCCAGACGUCGAGUGAACGAACUAGCGGACUCUCUGGAUGCCGGGGCUUUACGAGAGCUGCUGGACCGAGACCGUCGUCGCCGCGAGAAGAAGCAGAUCGACGACCAGGAAAAGCUCCGCCGUAAGCUGCAGGAGAGGGCCGAUGCUCAGCAGGCGCGGGAAGAGCAAGCACAGAUUCCCCAAGAGCACGAGCCCAAACCCGCCCAACCCGAACCGUCCAUCGUGGACACUGAACCCUCUAUCACCGAACCAGAACCCUCCGUGCCCGAGCAAUCCGCCUCGGAAAGCCAGGACAUCCCUAUGGAAGAGGACACCAUCAUCGAGGUGGAGGAACCGACACCCGUUCCAAACGAACAUGGCUCGUGGCUGCGAGGUGAAUCCAAGGGCAGUGACCACGUCCGCGGAUCACUGGAGAGUUCUCGAGUGAUCGGAAACAUCGACGAUAGCUCUCUUCGCGAACGGAGAUUGAUCCAGCGUCCCAGCUUCGCCCCUUCACAGGAUAUGGCCAUGUCUCGAACCACGCUGUCGCCAUCCCACUCAUCCAUCCGACACGGCAUGAACACCCCCAGCCACUCACACACCCUCGGAGCCGGUUCAACAUCAGACGUCUCCCGAGGCAUCGACUCCCGCCGAUCGUCAGACACCAGCGGUCGCCGAGGUAAUACAAUCACCUCCCUCUUCCGACGUGGUUCCUCUCGCAUCAAGCGACGCUACAAGGAGCGCUUCCAGGAACCCUCGCCGGAGGUAUCCAACACCUCGCAUGAAUCCUUCUACAAAGUUCACACCCAGUCGUCUCCGCCUCCCGCCUCUGUCAUCCCCUCGCGAGUCUUGAUGCCCAGCGAACCCAUCCAGCGCUCUCACUCCAAAUUCACCGAACACUUCGGCGACGAGCCCCUGUCGCCACCUGAUUCCCGCCUUCAAUCCCCCGAUAUCCCAGAGGAGGUCCCAGAGUCAUCCCUAGAGAGAGAGGAGACCUUCCUUCGGGAACCCAGCCCCACCCCUGGGGUUGAUAUCCAAAACCCGAACCGCAGUUACCACCGAUCAUGGACCUCCGAACUCGUCGACAACGAGGCAGACAACGUUCCCCUUUCCCAGUCUAUCGCCUCGAUCGACUCCGAGGGAUCGUGGAUGUCUGGACAUUUCUUCAAGCGUAUGCCUGGCAACCCCAGCAGUCCUGUGCGAUCCAACCUGAACACCUUUGGCCGCAACUCCGCAGAUGUCCCAGCAGAUGCCCUUGAAGACAUCGAGGAUAUGGAUGAGCCCGACCUGCCCGACCACCCCGUUGAUGACGCAGAGCUGGCUGCUGCCCCCGAGAGCUCCACCGCCGAGCGCUGGCACAACGAAGUCGGCCGUCGUCCCGUCGUGGUCACACCUGCAUCCCGCCCCAAGUCUACCCAGGGCCUUCUCCGAAGAUUCCCUUCCUUGACCCCCAUCUCCGCCGAAGAAGAUUACAUCGUGGCCGAGACCCCUUCGGAAUUGAAGCGGAUUCCCAGCGCGAAAGCCGAGAUCGGUUACGCGGAAUAG